UCUCAAUGGUAACUAAUUAUUUGUGCUACUGCGGUGAAUUUUAGCCAUUUUGGCAUGAUAAUACGAGAAGAAUAAUAGAUGCCCCAUAUCGUAGAAGAUGUCCCAACAAAUAGCAUCCCCUUGAUAAUAGAGAUAAGGGAGUCUUUAUAAACACAACUCUUGAGUCAUCCGGAGGAAAAAGAAGUAAAAAAAUGGCUACUUCUGCAUCUUCUACGAUGGCUACUAAAACCCUAGUUCUUCGAAAUCCUAAUUUCAGACAAUCUUAUCCUACACGCUCCAAUCGUAUAAUCACUCACUCUCGGAUAAAUUAUCCAAGAAUUUCUCUCUACAACAACAGCAGCAGAUCCAAAUUCCCUUCCAAUCUUACUCACUCAAUCCCAAAAUUUAGGGUUUCUGCUUCAUCAUCAUCAACAGCUUCUCCUAUUCUCCCAACGUCAAGCCCUAAGACCAACUCUGUUCUGUCCGAUUCAACUCGCUCGAUAACAUCUAUCUUUGCUGUUGUUUUAUCGUUAUCGAAAUUGUUUGGAAAUGCAAUUCAAGGAGUUUUAAAGAAGGUUAGCUUAACCCCAACACCAGAAGAAUUGGGGAAACUACAGAAUUUGAAAGAAAGUUUGGUUUGUACAGUUGGACCUUUGUUUUUCGCCGCGGUUCGUGAAAGACCCAGAGGGUAUUUGAAUACACCUCUUACUGUUGUUGCCUCAGGUAUGUCUAAAUGGCUUGAUAUCUAUAGUGGGGUUUUAAUGGUUAGGGUUUUACUUAGUUGGUUUCCAAAUAUUCCUUGGGAUCGUCAACCACUUUCUGCAAUUAGGGAUUUAUGUGAUCCUUACUUGAAUUUGUUUCGAAAUAUUAUUCCUCCCAUUUUUGAUACCCUGGAUGUGAGUCCACUUUUAGCUUUUGCUGUUUUGGGUGUGUUGGGAUCAAUUCUUAAUAACAGCAGGGGAAUGUAUUGAAGAGUAUAAUAUAAUAUCUUGUUUGAUAAUAAUUCGGAGAUGGGUUUUCUUAUGGUUUAUGCAUGGGGGGACUGUAAAACUGGAGUAAGUUCUGCAGUUCAAGUUUUUUGUUUCGUUUGCUAUUCUUGCUGAAUGUAAUACUGGUUAUCAUAUCUGAAUGUAUGAAUACUGAGAUUUUGUGAAAAAUAAUGUCAAUUUUUAUAGUUGUGCAUUUGCUUUCUUGUUCUUUAUGGAGUCUUAUAUGAUGUUUAAUAAACAAAAAU